CGGUAGGACCCCGCGGGCGUUCCGGGGAAGAGACAGAGAGAGAGUGUGUGCGCGAGUGAGUCAAAGAAGGGAAAGGAAGGGAAGCUGGAGGAACUGGGAACGGCAGCAGCUACGCUCCAAACCCACAACGCCCAGCUUGCCUCGUUUCUCUCUUUCAAAGGGAGGCUGGAUAAGAAAGCGGGAGCCCGAGCCCGGGCGCCUUCGGCCGCUGGCAAUUUUUCUGGCCUCCAUUCAUAACCGAUGCAGGCGAAGAGCUCCAUGGGCUGAUUCCCUGGGAGACCCAGCGGUACCAGCAGCGGAGGCGGAGGCGCCUGCAACAGCUCGCCUAGGCCUCGGCUCCGGCCAGCGGCUUUCACUGCAACCUUUCCAGGCCAUGUAAGUCAGCCGUCGUCGCGCCGUUCCCAGGUGUAGCUGAAGAAAAGAAGUAGAGGAGGAGGGGUUGAAUCCGUUUACCUGCAGCGAAGGGGUGGAACUUUCGCCGACCAACACAGCUGAAAUUCCGCCAUUAUGAAUGAAGUCGCAAUAGUGAAGGAAGGAUGGCUGCACAAAAGGGGAGAGUACAUUAAAACAUGGAGGCCAAGGUACUUUCUGUUGAAGAAUGAUGGAACAUUUAUUGGCUAUAAAGAGCGACCUCAAGAUGUCGACCAGCGAGAAUCCCCCUUAAAUAAUUUUUCAGUGGCUCAGUGCCAGUUGAUGAAGACAGAGAGACCUAAACCAAACACAUUCAUCAUCAGAUGCCUCCAGUGGACCACAGUAAUUGAAAGAACAUUUCAUGUGGAGACUCCAGAGGAGCGGGAAGAAUGGACAAAAGCCAUCCAAACAGUAGCAGACAGCCUUAAGAAGCAAGAGGAAGAAAUCAUGGAUUUUCGAUCUGGUUCGCCCAGUGAUAAUUCAGGUGCUGAAGAAAUGGAAAUUUCAAUGACAAAACCAAAACACAAAGUAACUAUGAAUGAAUUUGAGUAUCUUAAGCUCUUGGGAAAAGGUACUUUUGGAAAGGUCAUUCUGGUGAAAGAGAAAGCAACUGGACGCUAUUAUGCCAUGAAAAUUUUGAAGAAGGAAGUAAUUGUUGCAAAGGAUGAAGUGGCACAUACUCUGACAGAAAACCGGGUUUUGCAGAAUUCUAGGCAUCCAUUUUUAACAGCAUUGAAAUAUUCCUUUCAGACGCAUGACCGUUUGUGUUUUGUUAUGGAAUAUGCUAAUGGAGGGGAGCUAUUUUUCCAUCUAUCACGAGAACGCGUUUUUUCUGAAGAUCGUGCCCGGUUCUAUGGAGCUGAAAUUGUGUCGGCGUUGGACUACCUACAUUCAGAGAAAAAUGUGGUAUAUAGAGACUUAAAGUUGGAAAACUUGAUGCUGGAUAAAGAUGGACACAUAAAAAUAACAGACUUUGGGUUAUGUAAAGAAGGGAUCAAGGAUGGAGCAACAAUGAAGACUUUCUGUGGCACACCAGAAUACCUUGCCCCAGAGGUGCUGGAGGAUAAUGACUAUGGCCGUGCAGUGGAUUGGUGGGGCUUAGGAGUUGUCAUGUAUGAAAUGAUGUGUGGACGUCUUCCCUUCUAUAAUCAGGACCACGAGAAACUCUUUGAGCUCAUCCUAAUGGAAGAGAUUAGGUUUCCACGUACGUUGUCACCCGAAGCAAAGUCUCUUCUGUCAGGUUUGCUGAAGAAGGAUCCAAAGCAAAGGUUAGGUGGUGGACCAGAUGAUGCAAAGGAGAUUAUGCAGCACAAAUUUUUUUCUGGCAUUGUUUGGCAGGAUGUAUAUGAAAAAAAGCUGGUACCUCCAUUUAAACCCCAGGUGACGUCUGAAACAGAUACACGCUAUUUUGAUGAAGAAUUCACAGCACAGAUGAUCACUAUCACCCCCCCUGAUCAAGAUGACAGCAUGGAUUGUGUUGAUAACGAACGGCGGCCACACUUCCCUCAGUUCUCGUACUCCGCCAGUGGAACAGCUUAAUGUUUCACUUGUCCAUAAUGUCAACCAAUCAGACUGCAUUCUGGGGACCUUUAAUUUCAAUGGACACUAGAGAACUCUCUACGAUACAUGAAUUACAAACUAUGUUUGUAUUACGGUUUAGUUGAAUUUGUAGGAAGCCUCACAGGCUGUGUAUUUAAAACAAUCCUGAUGAUUUUUUGAGUCAGAAUCUCUGCAAUUUUGAGAAGGAAGAUAAGAAACCAUUCUUAAUGCAUUAUAAAAAAUUAAAAAAAAAACUUUUUCUUCUGGAGAGACAAAAGGACAUUUUAGGUUUUUAAGAAUGUGCACCAAAAGUUUUCUUUCAAAAAGUCUAAAGCAAACGUUGGCCGUU